AAUUAUUUAAACUGCAUUAUCGUUCUUUUUAUUUAUACACAAGCGUAAAACUUUAUUUAACAAAAUAUAUAUUAAAUUCAAAUCCUUUGCGUAUGAUAACAGUAUCUACUUAGAUAUUAUCUAGUUUUUUACAUUUUAAUUAGCUAUUUACUACAGGUAUUAAUGUACGAAAAGCGGUAAUACAUUACAUUUUAGACAGUUUCUCGCUUCAAAAAUAGUAUUUAUAACUGUUUCCUCAAAAAACAAUAAAAAUAAUUUUUUAAUGGUGCAUGUAAUUUACACAAAUAUAAAACGAGAAUUGUAUUGCAAAUUAAUAUUUCGGCUUAUGUUGCGAUGCAUAUAACGUGUAGUGGUUUAAAGCAGUCUUGUAUUACCGAGUUAGCUCAAACAAUUAUCAAGGAAAACGCAGGAAAAUGGAAUUAUAUCAAAUAUUGUGCAGUAUCACCGUGGUCUUUCUCAUAUUUUAUUAUUUCUUCACGUCAACCUUCGACUUUUGGAAAUCACGUGGCAUUCGUGGUCCACGACCAAUGCCGGGAUUUGGCACUGUAAAAAAUGUUUUAUUCGGAAAAAUAACUUUGGGUAAUUAUUUGAGAAAACUAUACAACGAUUACGAAAAUGAAUCAUUGAUUGGAAUAUUUUUUAUGAAGACACCUAUUCUUAUCGUAAAAGAUCCUGAUUUAAUUAAAAAUAUUUUUAUCAAAGACUUCUCCACUUUCGCCAACAGAGUAGUCACCGUUCACGACAAGGCUGAACCGCUGUCGCAAAAUCUUUUCAACUUAGAAUUAAAAAGAUGGCGACCUUUACGGAUGAAACUAUCUCCUAUUUUUACAUCCCGUAAACUAAAAGAAAUGUUUUCAAUGAUCUCAGAGUGCGCCGACCAUCUUGUAGAUUAUACAGAAAAAAUAGUUAACAAGAAUGAGCCUAUAGAAUGUCUUGAACUAAUGGCUAAAUAUACGACUGAUGUUAUUGGUACCUGCGCCUUCGGCAUCGAAAUAAAUUCGCUGUCGACCGAGAAUAAUGAAUUUCGCAGAAUAGGAAAAAAUAUAUUUUAUCAACCCUGGACAGAUUUGUUACGAACCAAAAUCAAACAUUUUUCACCGUGGUUCUACGAUAUUCUUGGUUACAUUUUGCCGGACACAGAAGUCACUAAAUUCUUUACACGACUUGUCGUGGACACUAUGGACAACAGAGAAAAGAAUAAUAUCGUUAGACAUGACUUUAUUGAUAUGCUACGCAAAUUAAAGAAACAUGCAGAUAAAAUGAACGAUAUUAAUUUUACUAACAGUUUCAUAGCUGCUCAAGCUUUUAUAUUUUUUGCUGCUGGUUUCGAAACUUCAUCGACAACGAUGGCUAACGCGCUUUAUGAGCUGGCUCUGAAUGAAAAAAUACAAGACAGGCUACGUGAAGAAAUUGACGAGGAAUAUAUAAAUAGUAGCUGUUUAACGUAUGACAACAUCAAUAAAAUGAAUUAUUUGGAAAAGGUAUUCAAAGAAACUUUACGGAAAUAUCCACCUUCAUUAUUUUUUACAAGAAAAUCACAGUCGAGUUACACUUUCAAUGGUAUUAAUGUUAGUAUACCAGAAAACCAAAUAAUAUGGAUUCCUGUUUUGGCGCUUCAACGUGAUCCACAUAUUUAUCCGGAGCCAGAUGUCUUCGAUCCAGAAAGAUUUAAUGAGGAAGCUGUGCAAAAUAGACACCCAAUGUUUUUCCUAUCAUUCGGUGAUGGACCAAGAAAUUGCAUUGGUGCUCGUUUUGCAAUUUAUCAAGUUAAAAUUGGGCUUAUAAAAAUACUACGAAACUACAAAGUAGAACCUUGCGAAAAAACGGAAAUACCUUACAACCUCAAUGAGAAAACGUUUAUAAUUUCACCAAAAAAUGGAAUACAUUUGAAAAUAACUAAAAUCAAUCGAACAUAAGUUAAGCUAUUCUUUAAUUUUAAGAAUAAUUAUCUUUGUACAAUCUUUAGUUUGACAUUAAACCUAUUGUCAUUAAGAUGAGAAUAGAAUACAGUUAAAUUGAAAAUACUUAAGAGAUACUGAGAAAGUGUUUUACUUCUGCACUGGAUUAGCAUUAAACUAACAAUAAUAUAAUACUAAUCCAAUAAUAUGUAAAUCCGUAUUGAGUAGUAGUUCUGGUCCAAUAUAUUGAUGCGGUAGAUUUUUAGUAUUAUGUUCAUAUCGAAAUUAAUUACAUUAAAAAGCAUACGUCGCGAAAAUUUUAUCCUAUUAAUCUAAUUUUAACAAUAUUGUAUCAUUCAACUUAUCAAAUCCUAGACCUUUUCUAUCAUUCUACAAAAUGUAUCGAAAAUAGCUACAAUAUCACGGUUUUUCUUAUAAACAUAAAUAACAAAAUUCCUACUGUGCUUAAAACAUUUUAAAUGUAAAAAGUAUCAUAGCAGUAUUAUACAGUUUUCAAAUAAUCCUAUAAAAAUAAUACAGCAAAUAAAUUUUUAUAUAAGAGUGCAAUUUAGAAAUAAUUUCGGCAGCCUUUUCUUAUAUCUUAAUAAUAUGUAACUUUUUUAACUGUCUAUGCUUUUCUUAUCUUUACAGGUAAACAUAUAUUUACGUAUGUUACAUCAAAAUGCAAAUAUAUGUAAAUAUAUGAAUCUAUUGCAAAUUAAAUGCAAAUAAUUAAUUUACAUGUAUGCAGAUUAAAUAUCUACAAACUACACAAAAAAAUGCUAUUAUAUCAAUUAAAUCCGUGUAAUUAAAAUUAAUAUUAUUGAAGUAACAUCAAUAUUAAUAAACAAAAAUCAGCAAUAAUUGUUUUAAUAAUCGUGACAGUUGAUUUAGUAAUAUCAACGCUUUUGAAAAAUGUAACUAAAUAAUCAAUAUAUUUAUAUAUCUCAAUUACAUAUUUUUUAUUAUAAUUGCACAUGCAAUUAAUAGCAAUAAUUCGUUUUGAUUAUAUAAUUAUUCAUAUAAUUAUGUCUGUUGUCAAUUCAACUACGUAAACUAAUAAACAAAUCAACCACAAAUUUGAAGGUACUUUGAUUGAUACAAAUGCAUUAUUUUGUUAAUUUAAUUACAAUGUAUUUAAUUUGUAUAUUUUUUAUGUAUUAGAACAAAUCAAAAAAUUUUCAGAUGUAUUGACUGCUUAUUGUAUUUAUGUGCAAUUAUAUCUUUAGAAGAAGUGGAAAUAUGUUAAUAUUAAUUACAUAUGGACUUGAUACAAUCAACAUGUAUUAUUAACAUUGUUGUGUAUAUAUAGAUAACAAUAUUAACACGUACACGUUUUAAUUGCAUCAAACGUAUAUGUAAUUAAUAAAAAAUCUUUUUAUUCUCUAUAAAUAAAUACAUAUGAUUCAAUAAUAUUGAAGUAAAAUAUAUGAUUCAAGUGUCAAUUCAAUGUCGUCAAUUCAAUUACGUGAAAUGAUUAAAACCAAGCAACCGAAGAAUUAAUGCUAAUUUACACAAAUGUAUUAUAGUUGAAUAGAAAUAAGAUACGUUUAAUGUUUAAUAUUGUUGAACAUUGGUUUAAUUUAUGUAUUGUGUCAACAAUAAAUAUGUUUGUGUGGAGUAUAUUAAAUGUAUACUUUACAAUAAAAACGGAAAUACCUUACAAAUCGUAAGGUGUUUCACCUCAAUAAAAAAUCGUUUGAAAAAUGAAAUAUAUUUAAGAAUAACUAAAAUCAAACAUAAAUUUUUUAGUUUUUUAAUAAAAAUGUAUAAAAAAUUGCGAAGAAAAUUUAUGUAAAUUUAUAUAAUAGUCAUUGUAGCAAUUACAAUAUUUAUUAAUUUUAUUAAUAUCGUUGUAUUAAUGAUAUUCAGAUAUUAUCAGUAAAUUAUUUAAAUUAAACAUACACACAAAUAGCGUGCAUACACGCAAAUUAAUAAUAUGUAAUCUCUGAACUCAUGGAUUCCACAUUUUUUACAAAAGCAUUACAUGUUUCGUUAUUGAAAAUAAAAUAUAUAAAAAAUAUACGUAUCAAAUAUUUGCAAAUGUAAGUAUUUUUUAUAUUUCUUUUAUUAUACUUAAAACUUUGUAAUAAAAUAAUUUAUAAAUUUAAUCUUAAUCAAGAAUUUGUUAUACAAUUUUUACAUAAACUAUUAUAUAAUUUUGAUUCAGUUUGACAUUAAGAGUGUGUUCGAGAAGACGCUAUUAGCGCUAC